CACAUGUUGGAGACUAAACAGAGGCAGAACUGAGAGAGAGAGCAAAGACACAAAGCUCUCAUACUGGAUUCCUGUCACUGGAUUAUUUGACUAAAAUCUGGGUCUUUAUGUGUUCACAUCUCUGUAUCAAAGUAUUUGAGUGAGAGAGUAUCUGUGUGAUGUGUGAAUGAUAUCGUUGUAGACAUGGAUACAUCCUCUGCUGUGAGUGCUCCUCUCCUGGUCCUUCUAAUCUCUCUUCAUCUCCACUGCCAACCUCUUGUCUGGGCUGCAAUGGACUCCUGCUAUGAUAAGGAUGGUGUCCCAAACCGUUGCAUGCCCAAGUUUGAAAACGUUGCCUUCAAUCGCACUGUGGAGGUGUCCAACGUGUGUGGCUCUCCAUCCGAGGAAUACUGCAUGCAGACCGGCUCAACGCGCUCAUGCCACUACUGUGAUGCAUUAGACCCACAACUGAACCACAACUCCAGCCUCUUGACAGACUUCCACAGGAAUGAUGAGCUUACAUGGUGGCAGAGCCAGUCCAUGUUCUAUGGCGUCCAGCAUCCCAAUUCUGUCAACCUCACCCUCCACCUUGGCAAGGCCUUUGAUUUAACCUAUGUGCGAUUGAAAUUCCACACCAGUCGGCCGGAGAGCUUCGCCAUCUACAAGCGCACAGAGGAGGCUGGGCCCUGGUCGCCGUACCAAUAUUACAGUGCGUCCUGCAAAGAGACCUAUGGGAAGGACACAAAGGGCUACAUUCGACCAGGAGAUGAUGAGAGGACUGCUCUGUGUACAGACGAGUUCAGUGACAUCUCCCCACUCAGCGGAGGAAACGUAGCUUUCUCCACCCUGGAGGGACGGCCCAGUGCGUACAAAUUUGACCGAAGCAUAGUGUUGCAGGAAUGGGUGACGGCCACUGACCUGCUCAUCACCUUGAACAGGAUUAACACGUUUGGGGACGAGGUCUUCAAGGAUGUUAACGUGUUGCGCUCCUACUUCUACGCCAUCUCUGAUUUCUCUGUAGGUGGGAGAUGUAAGUGCAACGGUCACGCCAGCGAGUGCGUUGAGGGGGAACAUGGUGCCCUGCUCUGUUCCUGCCAACAUCACACCGUAGGAGAUGACUGCCAGAGAUGUCACCCGUUUUACCAGGACCGACCCUGGGCCAGGGCCACUGGGGACUCUGCCAACGAGUGUCUGAAGUGUAAUUGCAGUGGGAGAUCAGAGGAGUGUGUGUUUGACACGGAGCAGUACCGCAGCACGGGCAGUGGGGGGCGCUGUGUCAGCUGCCGAGACAACACCGACGGGCCCCAUUGCGAGCGCUGCAGAGAGAAUCACCACAGGGAAUCGUCACAAGAGCCCUGCCUUCCCUGCAACUGCGAUAUCAAUGGCUCAGUGAGUCUGCAGUGUGAUGACGAAGGAAGGUGCGUGUGCCGCGUCGGCGUAGCAGGGGAGAAGUGUGACAAGUGUCAGGCCGGCUUUCACUCGCUGGGUCCUGGUGGCUGCAGGCCAUGUGAGUGUAAUCCCAGUGGGACUGUGGGCGAUUGUUCGACUCUGGACGGACGUUGUCACUGCAAGGCAAACGUGGAGGGACAAGGAUGUGACAGAUGCAAACCGGGCUUUUUCAACCUCCAACAUGGAAACCCAGAGGGCUGCCAACCUUGUUUCUGCUUUGGCCAUUCGCUGGCCUGCACCUCGUCCGGUCACUAUGCCGCCGUCAACAUCACCUCUGACUUUAAUGAAGAUCAGGACGGCUGGGUGGGAGAGUUCUUUGGCGGACAGGAAUACCCCCUGCUGUGGAAGGAAGGCGAAGUCUACCUGCUGCCUCUUAGUGAGGAAGACAUUGGAUUCUACAAAGCUCCCGAGAAAUUCCUGGGUCACCAUGCCCACAGCUACGGUCAGCUCCUCUCCAUCACCUUCACCUCUGAGACCCCUGAGCUGCUCCCUGACAACGUCACCAUCAUCCUCCAAGGCUCUGGAAUCACUCUCUCUGCUGACCUUUCACCGCAACGACUGCUUCAACAUGACCCCGGUCUCACUCCACAGCAUGCCUUCAUUGUCAGGCUCCACGAAAAUGAGAGAAGCUUCAAACCUUCACUGUCUGCCUUUGAGUUCCAGCAUCUCCUUUACCACCUGACCGCUGUCAGAAUCAGUAACGCUGGCGGUCACAACUACACAUCCCAGCUCGCUGAAGUAUCCCUGACCUCGGCUUUAAUCUCCUCUGGUCUCGCAAACCCUCCAGCUCCAUGGGUGGAGUCUUGUUCCUGUCCUCAUGGAUUUACAGGUCAAUUUUGUGAGCGCUGUGCUCCAGGAUUUACGUGGGAAGUCCCAGGCAAGGGGCCUCUGUCCACAUGUGUGCCGUGCAACUGUCACCAGCAUGGGACCUGCCACCCAGAGACAGGUGUGUGUGAUUGCUCAGACUUCACCGCCGGGAUGACCUGUGAACGCUGCCUGGAUGGUUACUAUGGCAACGCCUUGAUUGGCACGCCUGGUGAUUGUCAGCCAUGUCCUUGCCCGGGCCAUAGCAGCUGUGCUCAAAUUGCAGUGACAGGACAGGUGGUGUGUACCAACUGCCCCCCAGGACAGACAGGGAUGCGCUGUCAGAUGUGCGAAGAUGGUUACUAUGGCGAUCCGCUGGGACAAUCUGGGGCAAUUCGACCGUGUGUGAGAUGCAACUGCAAUGGUAAUGUGGACUUCAACGCUCUGGGAGUAUGCGACCAUGUCACUGGCCAGUGUUUGAAAUGCCUGGGACACACAGAGGGUGACCACUGCGAACGCUGCCAGCGGGGUUUCUAUGGUGAUGCCCUGAGCCAGACUGCAGGCCAGAAGUGCAAGUCCUGCAGUUGCAACCCUGCCGGAACCACGGGGCGUGUAAACGAAUGCCACCCUCAGAGCGGGGAUUGCCAGUGCCUCGGUCAUGUGACCGGCCGGGAUUGCAGUCAUUGUGAAGUUGGCUUCUUCAACCUCCAACCAGGCAUAGGAUGUGAAAGGUGCAGAUGCAAUCCAAUUGGGUCAUCGUCCGUCCUGUGUCACCAAAUCUCAGGGCAGUGCCUGUGUCGUACAGGAGUCGAGGGAACGCUGUGUGAUUUUUGCCGCAUGGGCUUCUUUGGCUUCUCCUCUCAAGGUUGCAGAGCCUGUAACUGUGACCCCAUGGGCUCCGUUUCCAUGCAGUGUCACAAUAACGGUACGUGCCCCUGUCGCCAGGGCUUUGUGGGCUACAAAUGUGACCAGUGUGAGUUGAACUACUUCCACAACCGAGACACACAUCAGUGCGAGGAAUGCCCGGUGUGCUAUGGCCUUGUCAAGAAACAGGCAGAGAGGCUGAGAAGUCGCCUGCAGGAUUUGGAGAAGCUCCUGGCUCACUUUGAUUGCCGGGGUAGAUUUGGGAAGCAGCGCCACAUGCUCAAGUAUCACAUAGCCAAGCUUUACGGGCAUGAGCACCAGGGGGAGGAUACUCUACCCAAUGCUCUGGAGGAUUUUCUGGCCUUCCAAGAAGCACGAGAGGCCUUCAUAAAGCAAUUUUCCGUGAUGGAAGGUUCCACAGGCAGACUCGUAGCCCAGCUGCAUGGCAUUACAUCUGCUUUGAACUGCAGCAUCAGCAUGACAGAGGAAGAGGAGCAGGAGAGGAGGAAAGAUGAAGGGAGCAGGAGUGUGUGUCAAACCUUCACAGACACUGCGCUCAUGAUGAGAGCGUCUCAGAAACGGCUAAAGCAGGCCACCGCAGACCUGGACAACGUGAUCAUUCCCGUUGAGUUGGAAUCAGGACCAAACAAAUGGAAUAUAAUGGUCAAUGACUCCCAGGUCCUAAUGAAAAGACACAGAGAAACAGCUGACCACAUUGAGGCUAUAGCCAGCAGCGCAGUGAGAGCCUCAAAACAGAGCUUUGCUCUCCUGAUGGAUCUACUGCAGGACAACUCCACUGAAGAGUACAUCAGGAACCUAACAGAGCAAAUAACACACAUGCAGCAGCAGAAGGACAAUCUGACGGUGCAGGUGAACGACACCGUAGCCAAACAUGAGGCCCUGGAGGAGGAGGCCGCUGCGUUAACGCUCGCCCUGGCUAACGUCAUGUCAUCCCUACAUCAGCUGGCUCUGACGGACGCCAGCUCAUCACCACACGCUCAGCUCGACCAAACUCAACCACCCAACCGUACAGCCGAGUGGGGAGGCGAGGAGCUGCUGAAACAGACCAAAGAGCUGGACCAGCAACUUCAGACCCAAGAUGAUCUGAUCAGUAAAAUCAGGAGUGAGGUGGAGCCUCUAAGACAGACUGUGAAUAAGAAGCUGGAGAUGGCGGGUGGCAUCAGUGAGCUUCGAGCUCAGACUCAAGAGACAAAAGCCCUGGCUCUGGCGUCUGUAGUGUCAGGGAAGGAGGUGGAAUCAGAAGCCAUUUCACUUCACAGAGAAUUUGAAAACAUGGCGAGGGAGUGGCCCCGUCGACAGGCCCAGACGAAGGCCGCGAUGAAGAAGGUGAAACCUCUGGAGGAAAAAGUCCUGGCCGACGUCAGGAAACGAGUCUCGCACAUCAAGGAAAUUCUAGAUCCUGCUCUGGAGAACUGCAGCCUGUCCAGCAGCACCACAAAGGAGGCGGAACGAAAAGCGCACGCAGCAGUAAAGGAAUCCAAAGCCACCUUGAGCCUGGCCAAGCACACCAGGACGGCCUCUGCUCAACUCAGCUCCCACGUUGACUCUGCCUUACAACAGCUCGCUGAGCACGAGCUACUAACUGACAAAGCAAAGUCCCAAAUCACCUCAGAGCCUGAGGUGUCCCUGACCGGCGUAAAGGAAGACAUGGAGGCAGCCAAGCUCCAGUUAGAGGCCUAUUCUGCCACUCUAACAGACCUAAUCAGUAAGAUCGAUGACAGUGUGCCGCUGCAGCGCUUCGACCAGAUCCUCAACGAGACAGCGCGGCGCCUGAGCAUGCUCCGCGGGAGCGUGGAGAGCCCGACACUGAGCUCCAAGAUCCAGAGGCUGCAGUCGGCUGCUAAGGAGCAACAGAGCCGUCUGUCCCUCAUUGAACAGGACUUACAGGAGAUCAGGGAAGAGAGAGACAGUCUCAGGGAUAUUACUUUAAACUUGCCUCAGUCCUGCCCCAAGGCCACAGAAACAGGCCAGGCAUAGACAUUGUAGAUGACAGGGAUUUUAGUUAUUGAUAAGACAGUUGAACAUCAGAAGCGUCUUGGAGGAUUUAAUAAAUACAAGGGCCUGUGGCCAUUUUUUUAUUCAGCUUCAACAAAAAAAAAAGGUAGAGUUAAUGAUAUUUUUGUAUGUUCCUCUCUUUUUUCCACCUUUUGCCCAAAGGAUUAAUUUACAAGCACUGCUUAGAAAAAGAUACACACACAUUUUUGUUCCUCAGUGAAGACCCUCACAGAUAUAUUGCACACCAUAGCCCAUUACCUUAACCUUAAGUAUCACAACCAAAUGACCCUUAACCUAAAACUUGCCUCAUGCCAGGUAUUAUAAUGUGCUGUAUAUUUGGAACUGUGAUGAAGUUUUCCAAAAGGACGUCCAAAGGUGUCACCUGCAGCCCGUCUCCUGUUGGACAACAUCAGCUGUCAAAACACUGGUGUCCACUCAUACAGUUUGUGGCAUAUUCAGAGGUGGAAAGAGUACUGCAAUAUUCUACUCAAGUAAAAGUAAAAAAAAAGUAGCUUGUUUUUAACAAGGUUGGAGUUCUUUCUUGUUAAAGGGGACACAAAUCUCUCAUGAAUUGUUUUUAAUUAAAGGCAAAGCUUUACAAAUUAAAGUGCUGACACAAUAAAAUAUGUCAACACAUAAUGUAUCAGUCAACAUGGGUCAAAGGUCACACAUGCUUUAACUUUCUCACUCACUCAGGGACCUUAAUUAACACCAAUUCACCUGUCCUUGCCAUUCACCUGUUUGUGUUGUUUUUUACUCACUAACGGAUGUGAUUUAAAACGUAGCAAAGUACAUUACUUCCAAAAAAACAAGAAAAGUUAAAUAGCAAAUUUAUUAAACAAUAAAUUGAUGCAUGUAAAUGUAAUUCAUUACUUUCCACCUCUGGGCAUAUUAAUUGUACCAUUUACUCCUCAGGAAUAUGUUUACUGACAUUAUAAAUCAAGAGAGAAGUAGACUUCUUGGGAGAAACCGGAAAACUGUGUCCAAUUUUACCGUCUAAAACCACAAAAAGGGUCUUCACAAAGAUAUAAAUACAGUACGAGUACACACAACACCAUCAACACCAUCUCCCAUGAUUUAAAACCCUGGUCUUACUUCUUUUCUUCCCCCCUCCUUUUUUUCCAUCCCCACAGUCUUUGUUCUGAAAACAACAUUCAAACUUUAAUUUCACCGUCAAUAACAAGCAGGCGUUCUGAGCUGCUGGAGUGCACUGUCAAGUUUAGAAUAAUGCCGAUUUUUCCUCUGUGUGGGUAAAAGGUGUAUCCGAGUGCUCCUCCAGACUGACACCCUCAUUUACACUCCAGCUCCUUUUCAUCAACCUGGCGUAAUUAACAAUUAGUCCUCUUAGCCUCUGCGGGGUUCAGGUCGGGCAUCAACAGCACACAACCAGUGUUCAGGACUCUUAGUUACCGAUGAAGACUACCUCUCUGUGUUUGUCCUCUCUCCAUAUUUUCUGUCUCGGGAAGUGGUCACAUGCACACCGCUAAUAUGUAAAGGGUUUAUGUAUGUAACGUUAUUUUUCCCUCUUCUUAUAUAAAUCUGAAUAACUGGUUAGAGAUCAGAAUACAGCCUUAUCGAUUGCACGUCUGCAUCCAGCUAGGAUCAUAUUUCAAUACAAUAAACAAUACAUGAGAGGCUCA